AUGAAUAAUAAUUCAAGAGAUCCACCCAGCAAAAUUUUACUUCUUGUUAUUACUUAAUUAUCUCCUACAUUUCCUCUGUGUAAUGAUUUACUAUUCGAGCAAUUCACAAAAUAUGGUGAUAUAAAGAAGAUUCUAAUAUUUGAGAGAGGUAAAGCAAAUAAAGCAUUUGUUGAAUAUUACGAUAUAAAAAAUGCAAUUGAAGCAAGAAAAGAUAAGAUUGGUAAAUAUUUGGCUGAAGGGGAAGGAAAGUAUCAAUUAGAAAUAUAUUUAGAUUAACAAUACAUUUUUCUCGUUUAAAAAAUUUAGAUUUAGAAGUAGUUGACAAAUCUAGAGGAACUGAUUAUACUUAAACUAGCAGCACUGCUUCAGAUGUUAUGAAACAUUCUAAUACAGAUGAUCCAAAUAUAUUGAGAUAACAAUUAGAUUAAUUUACUCGAACAUUUACAUCAACUCCAGAAAGAAAUAAGAGUUCAUAAAGAAACGAUGAAAUUAAUAACUUAUUAAAUUCCGAUUCUGAAGAUGAUAAUGUAAUAUAACAAAAAACUAAUUUAAUACCUGAAAUUUCUUAAGAUGUUUAGAAUAUGAUCACUCAAAAACCAUCUAAAAUUAUUAAAAUAUAACAUAUUGAUGAGAGAGUAACUGCCAAGAUGUUGUUCAAUAUUUUCAAUAAAUUUGGUAAUGUUGAAGAAAUCCUUUAUGAAAAAUAAUUCAAAAGAGUGUUUGUUAGAUAUUAAACAGUAGAAUUUGCUCAGAUUGCUAAAGAAUACUUAAACAAUGUAACUUUCUUUGAUCAAUAGGUAAUAUUAAUAUUUAUUAUAGUGGCGUAUAUAAUACAUUCCCUUAUAAUAAUUGCAGCCAACAACUAUUCAAGAUGAAUAUAUGAUAUAUUAUAAUCUAAAUGGACCAAAAAUAAUAGCACCACUUUCUAAGGCCAUAAUUUUGAGUGGUGUUUAAGAACCAAUGGAAAUAUCUGAGAUGAUUAGAUUAGUUGUAAAAGUUACAGGUAAUAAUUAGAAAUAAAUUAAGAAAUAAAAAUUAUUUCAUCGGAUAGUUUAGAAAUCUGUAUGUUGAAUAUCUCUGAAACAUUAAAGAUGGUAGCUAUUUUCUCUGAUUACGAAUUUAAAAAUCAAAAACUAGUUAUUUCAAUGAAAUGA